AAUAACGGUAAAAGAGCAACUGCAAUACACACGUAUAUAAAAUCAAACGUUUUGUAAUUUUAGACAAAAAUGUUUUAACCGAAUGUCUGUCCUAAGUAAGCGGUCACUAUGGAGCCGUUCGCAGUUAGCGCUUUAGCAAACAAUUUGUGAAGACAGGCGAAACCGAGGGUACAGACAACAGGAUUGAUAUUCGUUUAGGAUAUAAUAUUUCUAUGGCAGGAAAUUAUAUGUGUGGAAAUGUAUGUAUAUACGUCAGUUACAUUUCUGAAGUGAAGGCGCUUUGUGGGGUACUCGCUUUUUGAUAUUGCGCGCCAUUUCCGAAUAGCCAAUUAGAUCGUCCGUAACGGAUCACGUGGCGGAGCUCUUCUUGUGCAGAUAUCUUUCAAAAAUAACAGAUGUAUAUUAAAACUUGACUUCUACAUUAGAUUUCAAUUACGUGUUUAUGUAGGUAGUACUGUGCUACAUGCUUCUUUCGUGUUUAUACCGCUGCUGUAAACGGGGAAUUAAACUACAACGCCCAUUGCAUGCAGGGGAAAAUAUUUCAUUGUCCACUUCUUUUUUUUUUUUUUUUUAAACAGAGCUGUCCUUUUAAUCUGACUUUUUAUUUCCUUUUCUGUUGUUGCUUAUCUUAAUUUCAUGACAAUUGUUGGACUGUUCAGAUACCUGUGUGCUUUAAUAAGAUCUGUAUGAACUGGACUGGUACUCUCUCCCAGUUCUGGAAGUUCUGACAUGCUUGACGGUGCUCAGUUUGUGGAGGCCGUCACGCGGCUGGGUUACCCUGGCGCCGCAGCCUUCAAGGGCGAGGACUUUGACUGGCUCUUUGACGUUGCGGAGCUCCGGCAGUUCCUGCAUUUCUUCUGUGGUAGCAUCACGUCGAGCCAUGUGCUUGCCCCGGAUGAGGUGCGGGCGUUCCAGGCCCUGCGUGAGGCAGGGAAGCCCAUCCUGGAUGAAGCAGCACUGGCAGAGGCGUUGAAGGCAUGCCAGACAGCCCCGUCACGGGACCCCGGAAGUCUGGCGACCUGGCUGGAGGAGGCAGAUGUGACCCAACUGGAAGAGGAGCUUCAGGCCCUACGGCAGGAGAAGAAGCUGAAGCUGAGGCGGCACCGCAAGCUGCAGGUCCUGGCUGCCUCACGUGCAGACGUCGCCCUGCGCCUGGCCGGCCGGCAGGAGGAGAGCUCUCACAGGCUGAAGGACACAGUGGCCACUCUGGGUGCUGAAAAUGCAGAGACAAACUCGGCACUACAGGCGCUCUCACAGGAGGUGAAGAGGCUGGCCACCUUCCUUCCCACUGAUUUGGAGGACCCCGCUGGUCCCCCUGCCUCCCUGGCCCCUGGGCCCUCGGUUUUCCUCUCCCAGCUCUCCCUGGAGUCGUACCUCCAGCAGGAGGAGGCCAAUACAAAAACCCUGGCCCUUCUCGCACGAAAGCAAUUCUACCCGGGGAUUUUCAAUAUGGUGGAGGCCUCGAAUGCCGAGAACUUCCAGCUGCUGGACUUCAGCAGCUGCUCAGGAGAGAGGGAUGGAGGCGCCGUGGCGGCCUACCACUCAGAGAUGACGCGGCUGCAGUGGGCCCACGUGGUGGCACAGCACGGGCUUCUCCAGAGCCGCGCUGAGGAGCACGCAAUCAGUGCUGGCCUGCAGUGGAUCGCAGAGCGUGUGUGUGGCAAAGCACAGACUCAGACGCGGGCCUCCAUGGCUGGCCUCCAGGCCUGUGAAGCGGAGCUCAGACAGCAGCUAGGGACCCUGGAGGCCGAGCUGGAGGCCCUGACCCACGGCCGCACGCCGGAGGCCCUGCGAGCAAGCGCCCUGCUGCUCAGCGUGCCCGUGGUGCGCGGGGAUUUCGACCUGCAGCUGGCGCGCCAGGACUACUACACGUCGCGGCAGGAUGGGCUGUGCAGCGUCCUCCUGCGGCAGAAGGCCUCCCUGGAGCUGCUGCAGCUGGCCCACGAGUUGGAGCUGCGCCGGGGGCGGCUGCUGUGCCGGCAGCUGGGAGAAGCGGCCCAGAAGCUGGAGGCAGCGCACACCACCUCGGCCCGGCGCCUCCAGGUCUACGCACAGCCUGAACUCGGCCUCGCACCCAGGCCCUGCUCCAUUAUCACUGCCAAGGACGCUGCCUUCAGCAGGCUCUACAAGGCCUUGGAGGUCGAUGGGGGGUCUGAACAGGACCAGCCCUUUCGCACCUACGAGGGGCUGGCACAGGCCUCGCUGCGCCUACAGGAGGCGCUGUGCUCGGCCCAGGAGGCUCUGGCCGCUGCUGCCCGGGGGCAGGCCUUGGGCGCCGCCCGUCUGGAGGGCGACUGCGACACGCUCCGUGGGGCCACGUACUGCCGGCUGCAGCAGCCAGUGCUGAAGCCGCAGGUAUGUGUCCCGGCCACUCAGGAGCUCUGCCCUAAUACACAGGAGCUGAAGGAGGCGCUACAGCAGCUGGAGUCGCAGCUCGACGGCCUCAACAAGCUGUUGAAAGAGAUCCUGGUGGACAUCCGUGGCAAGAAGGACCAGCUGGAGCGCAGCUCCAUCUUGCGGCGGGAGCGGGACCUGUAUGUCACCUUCCAUUUGGACCCCAAGCAGCUGAGGAAGACCGUAGAGGAGCUGGAGAGUCUUAUGGUCCGGCCCAGGAUCCGCCCGUAGACAGCCAUGGCGUGAUGCCUCCGGCUGUGCUGCAUGUGAGAUUGCAGGGACUUCAUUUGGGAAGCAGCCUUUGACAGAGAAGUCCAGAGACUUCGCUCACUUGGCUGUUUGCCAUCAGCCAUGGGCUCUGCUCUGCCUAUUUGUGUGAACAUGUGACUUUUUCUCGCUGAUCACAGCUGGGCUGCUUUAGAAGGCAGCAGCCUUCAGAAUACAUUUACCUCCAGGCCAUUUUUUACACGUCCAGAAGCUGCCUUCUUCAAAUGGUUAACCCUGCUUUUGGUCAUCCAUUAAGCUGACAUGUUAACCAUGGUCUGAGUUUUAGAAGAAACUUGGAAAGGCUUUGAUUUCUGCUAAUACUUUGGCUGUAUGCCUUUGUUUUAUUCUUGCUAAUGGCAUGGCUUCGAUCAAAAAUAAAUUAGUGUGUCCUCAUUAUUAAUGUGGUUGUGUUCACUUGUAUUUAUAAAAUGUAUGUGUACUGCGCAUGUCGUUUAUACUUAAACCUGCUUUGUAACAUUGUUACAUUUUACUUUAAUGUACUGUGGUGUUUUUUCUUGUUUUGUUUUGUUUUUUUUGUGGUUUUGAUAAACUUUAUUAAUCCCUCGGGAUGGUUCCUCUGGGAAAUUCAGUUUCUAGCAGCAACAAUACACCAGCAUAAUAGUACAGUUACACAAUAAUAAAGUAAUAAGUAAUAGAGUAAUAAAUAGUGGUAGGAUGAUGGUAAUAAUUAUUGAACGGGUCAAUUGCACAGUCAUGGUCUAUUGUAAGGUUAGUAAAAAGUCCUUCAGUCUCCCCUCCUGUUCCCCAUGGCUGUGCAUGUGUGUAUUUUAACAUUUAGUUUUUCUUAAACUAUAAUUAUUCAUAUUUUUUUAUUUUCAUUGCAUUGUAAUACAUGUAAUGUUUUUAGCAUAGUUUUAAUGAGAGGAGGAGAAGCGAUACCUGGUUGUACACUUGUGUUAGCUGUCAUACAGUGACUGGAUGGAAAGGAGGGUAGCUGUCAGCACGUGACUCUGGUAUCGGGAGUAAAUGUAAAGAUACCACGUGUAUCUUCA